AUUAAUCAAGACACACCUGAGACUAGACGUACUGCACCAGAGUAGUCUCGCACCCGUACCUCCGUCUUCCAAAAGAUAGAGAGAGAGCCUACUUUACUUUGUGACAGAAGGGCGGAGACUAGUCCUUCCAUCUCGUCUCGACGAUCGAAAAGAGGCGAUCUCAUAUCACAGCCGAGGGCGACGGACCGACCGCUCGAGCCUCGUUGGAAUCGGCUAGAUCUCGUGGUCCCCAUUUCUCUUCAAGAAAAGGAGGGUGGUGGUGCUGUCUUCGUCUCGCGAACGCCGUGCGCGGCCCUGCCAAGCCCAGCCAAUAUCAAUCUGCAAUCUGCGACGAGGGGAUCAGACGUGAAGGAGUCUUCUCGAGAAGGGGAGCGCGAUGGCAGCGAGCAUGGCCCCCGGGACAGACCCGUCCAAGAGUGGCGGCGGCGGCGGCGGUGGCGGCAGCGUCAAGGUCCUGGCUGCAGACUCGCCCAGCUACAUCUCGUCCAAGUCGGCCAACUCUCUCAUCUCCUUUUCCCGGCCAACGAGGAUCCAGGCAGUGACGCUCUUCUACCUCAACAAGAUUCUCGAUGAGAUCCUGCUCCAGAUUCUCUCGUCGGCAAAGAGCCUGGCUACUGACCGGAUCAAGUCCGACGGCAUCGUCCGGGUACUCGGAGGCGCAAGCGGGUCCGGCAGCGGUGCAGGCGCAUUGCUGGCCAAGAAUGCCGUCCUGGAAGCCGAAAUGGAGCUAAGGAGCUACACAGAGGGCCUGCGAAAAGAGGGUGGAAAGGUGCCUCUGGGCCUCAGUGCAACCAGCAGGCUCGACGGCACCGACAACUUCCCUGUCAAGAGCGCAUACGAUCUGCUUCGGAUAAGAUGUCAGUACUACUCGACGCUGGGCGACCUCGAGGAUCCUUCGCCGAACAGCCCUCCAGACCAGAACAUCAUGUCGCGCGAUGGCCGGCCCAUUGCCACAAUUACGCCCGGCGUGGCCAUCUACGUCACUGCGCUGCUCGAAUUCGUCGCAGACUACAUCCUCCAGAACGUCGGUCGGGUCAUUGAGCGCGACAACAGCGACGAAGCCUCGCUCAGCGACCUGCGCAAGGCCGUCGAGGAGGACGAGGCGACGAGCUACGUGUGGGCGAGGCUGGACACGAGGCAGGACAUCCUCGUCCGGGAAAAGGAGGAAAAGCAAAGGGGUGGUGGAAGCCGAGUGGGGAGGCCAUGGAAGGUGCCCGACGAGAGCGAGCUCGAUGAGGCCGCUGGACGCAAACACUUUUCGCGCCAUAGCCUCACCACGUCGGCGAGCGCCCACAUGGCGGCGGUGAUCAGGGCGGGCAAUGUCAGCAGCAAUAGUAGCAGUGGCCAUGCCGACGGCAGGCCAGGCCAGCAGAGGCCCAUGAGCAGCAGUGGUGGCGGCGGCGGCGGCGGCGGCGCCGGAGGUGCUCCGACGUUCGGACAUGGCACCGAUAGCUCCACCAGAGACGGCAGCGGCAUGACGAGCCCCGUGAGCCCAUCUGUUCCGGGGAGUGCGUCUGGCCACACCGCCAUGACAUCCAUGAGCUCCUCGAGCGACAUGGGUUCGAAUCGCAGACAGAGCGCCGACAAGGCUUGGGGCGGCAUCCUCGCAGGUAGGCGGAGAGGAAGCUUUCGAAAGAGCCAGGACAUGAACGGCACCGGUGGUCUCGUGCCACCGCAGAGACCCGUGAUUCAGACAGGCCCCACCAGUCCGGUGGAAGACGUCUUUGCUCCUGACGAUGACUUUGACGCUCUCGUCAUGUCUGGUGAGACGAUGAAGGUGUCGCUGACGCCCAACCGACUUCGGAGCAUGGAGGGGCAAAACGACGAUGAUGUCGACGCCAAGAAGAAUGCGCGAAGACGUCCGGGCGCGCUCAUGGCUGUCACCGGGCUCCGGGAUGGCGACGAUGGAGCAGCGCCUCAGCAGCCGUCGCCCUCCGCUUCUCGUGCCAACGGCUCUGUCGACAGCUUCCAAGAGCGCAACUCCACGUCUAAUCCUCCUCGCUCUCUCUCACGAGCUGGCUCGACGAGCCUGCGGCCGUCAUCGUCGCAAAAGAAUAUGAACAAAAUGGGCGGCGCGCCACCGCCCUCCUCCUACCGGGGACCCGAUACGCCUCCCGUCAAGAGCCCAACCCGAUCGCAGUCAGUGUCUGGUGACAUUCCUGCUCCCGAAGAGGAUGAGCCGCAGCCGUUCUCGAGCAACAGCGGUGGACAGAAGAUGCGGGCCCGAGAUGCCGCAAGAUCGAGCCAGAGCGUGCGCGACAUGGUCGAGAUGUUCAAUGCGACGCCACCGAGCCCUAUCAGCACAGGGCAGUUCCCCUCGAGCGGGAGAGAUUCGAGAAUGAGCCAGAGGAGCAUCUCUUCGCUGGAAAAUGGGCGGAAGUCUGCGCUGAGCGCAGCCGGAGGCCGGGUCCGCAACCUCUUCAGCGUUGGUCGCAAGGCAUCGUCUUCGAAUACCCCUGCUGCCAGUCCUAUGCCUCCUCACCAGCCACUGCAGCGCGCACAGGAUCCCUCUUGGUCCUCUGUGCAUAACGAGCCCGUAGUCGAGGGCUUGACGAGCGACGACAACAUGUCAAGCUCGCAUGACCACGCAUACAGCGCAUCCCACAGCAGCACUCACGAACGACCCUCGACAGGGAUGGUUGCAGGUGCUGCCCUGGGCGCAAGUGCUGCAUUGAGCGCUGCUGCAGCCGCCGGUCGUCACCCCGUCAAUCGCAGCGACAGCGACCGACGAAGCGUCAACCGAAGCCAGCAGGGACACGGUGAAAGUGAUGAGCGUGCUCUUGAUGUUACCAAUGACGGAGGUUCCGUUCGCUCUUCAUUCGACGGUGCAAGGGCACCGACAUCGAACGAAAAUGUGCAGACGGACGCACUUGCUGGACGUUCGUCGCUCUCUGCAGCCUCGCAGCCGGGUACACCUGCCCACUCUGGUCUUGUAGGCGGCUAUGAAGAUGCGAGAGACGUCCCGGAAGCGCAGAGGCCUACCUCGUCGAAUGGGCACUCGCGUGCUGAACCACCGAGUCGCAAGAUCGCCUGGAGCUACGCUCGCCCAGGAGGCAACAAGCGCAUGAGUGGACCGCCUGGCACUCUCCGGCUCCGCAGCGGGUCUGGGAGUGCAAGUCAUGGAAGCGACUCUCAUGCGCCUCCUUCGGCAUGGACGACGACGUCAGCCUCGCUGCCCGGUCAUGGAAGCGCCAAUCAAACCCAGAGCAACGACUCUACCGAGAACCUCGGUGUGCGCACACCGACACCUGCGCAGUCCUUCUUCCCUGCCAUUUCUCCACGAUCAUCCACGCCGGCCGACGCAGAGCGACGAUCGUCUAAGUCGGACACGGCCAGAGUGCUCGUCCAGCUCGACCGACGACUCAAGGGCGCCACGACGGUCGAGGAGUGCCGACGGAUGGUCCAACACGCUCUGGCUAUCGCCGCGGCCGCCGUCCACGAUGAGGAUCGGCCCGAUAGCGCGCCAGUCGCUGGCUCGCAAGUCAAUGGCAGUGCGCCGGUCGGUGAUAUUCCCGACGAAGACGAGCAGAGCGUCAGCCAGGCGAUGCAACAGCAGGCUAUCUCACGGCCUUCCACUAGGGGAAACGCAAGCGUCGAAGGCUUGUCCAGCGCAGCCAAUCCCCACCUGUCGUCCGCUGCCAAGCUCGAGAAGAUGGUGUCGACGAGCGACGAUACGGAGCCGGCCGCAUUCAGGGGUCAUGCUGUUGUUCUGCCCAUGGCCAGCGGCUACGAUGCAGCGCUAGACCAGACGACACCUCUGUAUCGGCAUCACGGUCUGGUCGCCGCUUGGCUGCUCGAUGGCGAGUCGUGGGAAGAGCACGAAAACGAAACGGUUACCCAGAUCCCACCACCGCAGCUGGAAAGCCCUGAUGAUCAGGCUGCGGCCUCACCCAGGCUGAGCCUGGAUGAGUACGAGUCGGCUGAUGAGCGAGGUGACUCGCCUCGCGUAACGCAGGACGAUGCAUUUGAGAAUUCUGCCAACCAAUCGUCCUUGGGCCUGCCAAAUGCCAAACUUUCUCCCAGGCGAUCGAACAAACAGCUGCCUGGGGCAUUUUCCGCCAUUAGAGUGGCCUCAGCUGGGCUCAACAACAACGGCCACGUCGUCGACGAAAGAAGGGUGAGCGCCGUCGAGAGCGUCAAGUCCUCUUCGCAGUACAAGGACGCCAUGGAGGAAGCCGCCAUCGAGUAGACAAGACGCCUUUUUUCAUUUCCAUUUUACCCCCCCUAAAUUUCUGAAGUCCCUUCGUCGCCAACGCAACUCUUUCGAAGUUGCAUGGAUAACAUCAAUCUUCUAGGCCCUGAGCGACACCAAGCGAACACGGCUUUCUCAUCGAUACCUCAUCGUUUUCCUAUCAUGUCGGCCGUCUUGUUGUCAUACCUACGUUUUCUUUGUCUCCUCCAUCUUGCGCUUUUCAUCCUUUUCUUCCCUAAUUGGUCUUCUGUUCUUUCUCUUCUCUUCUUUCUUCAUGCUGCUAUCAUUGUUGCCAAUUGGAGCCGCUUGUCGGUCU